UCUCUUUCUGUGUCGUCUUUGCUCUGUGUAAUGUAUAGCUCUGUUAUUCGCUCACAUGCCUUUCCCAUGUGGAAUAAACUCUUCAUUUAGUUUGCACUCCGGAAGGAGUUACUGAGGUUAGUAGGUGGAAAUACAAAGAAAGAAAGAAAGAAAGAAAACACAAAACAGAAGAGGGCUCUUGUAUCUGCGUCUGAGUCUGUACCUAGACUCUUCUCAGCACCAGUUGCUAAGGUGAAAACUGUCUGGCCAUGGCUUCAAAUUUUAAUGACAUUGUAAAACAAGGAUAUGCAAGAAUUCGUAGCAGGCACUUGGGGAUAUAUUACAGAUGCUGGCUGGUGUUCAAGAAGGCAUCCAGCAAAGGCCCUAAAAGGCUGGAAAAGUUUUCAGAUGAGCGAGCAGCCUACUUCAGAUGCUAUCACAAGGUGACAGAGCUGAAUAAUGUGAAAAAUGUUAUUCGGAUGCCUAAGGGCACCAAGAAGCAUGCAGUUGCUCUCAUUUUUAAUGAUGACACCUCAAAGACUUUUGCUUGUGACUCAGAAAUGGAAGCAAACGAAUGGUGCAAAGUAUUGCACAUGGAGUGCCUGGGAACUGAAAUACAUGAUGUCAGUCUGGGAGAGCCAGACCUGCUUGCAGCUGGUGUAUACAGAGAACAGAGUGAGAGGUUCCAUGUUUAUUUAAUGCCAUCUCCGGUCCUGGAUGUCUAUGGGGAGUGUAUUCUUCAGAUAACAUCUGAGACAAUCUGCCUUUGGGAUAUCCAGCACCCGAGGCUCAAACUCAUCUCCUGGCCCCUCUGUGCACUCAGACGAUAUGGACGUGACCCGACGUGGUUUACUUUUGAAGCGGGCAGGAUGUGUGAUACUGGUGAAGGGCUGUUCACCUUCCAGACGCGAGAAGGAGAAGCAAUUUACCAGAAGGUGCACACAGCUGCGUUGGCCAUCGCUGAACACCACGAGUGGUUGAUAAAAAAUGCUAAGAAUGAAAUGAAGAUGAGCGAAGGAGCAUCCCCGUUCAGUUCUCUUCCUCGCAGCACCUACUGGAAGCACAUAAACAAGCAGCUCAGUCCCAAACAGCUGAACCACAUGCAGGCCAAUUCUAGUCCAUUAAAGAUUGUCAAUGAGAAGACAUUCUCGAGUUGCAGAUGAAGACAGCCCAACCCCUGGAAGGAUUCUGAGAGACAGUUUCUUUCGGAAUGGAAGAAAAGUCAGAAAGCCACCAAAAGGAAAGAUUUUGAAUUUCAUUUUUAGACUUGUUUACCUUCCUGGAUGAAUAAGGCAUUUUUGGAAUAGAAGAAUAGCUUUUCUUUGUUACCAUAUUUUUUUUUCUGUACAUAUGGUUUUACUAGUAAUGUACAGUAUGUGUAUGUCUUGAAUUUGUAUGUGUCUUGUUUGUUUCACAAGUUUAUGGUUACAUUAUGUAUUAUAAUACAGUAGAAUUGAGAAAACAACAAGUAUUACAUGAUUAACUUUAUCAGAAGUAAUGUUUAUUAUGUGUGCACUGCCACUGCUACAAAGGCAUCGGUUAUAACCUACCCAAGGGGUUCCAAUAUGAUGAGCCUGCAACUCCAGCAGCUCUUGAAGCCCCUCCACACACCUGGACUGUUCAUGCCUGAGAUGUUGCAGUAUUCACAGCUGCUACUUUUUUAUUUUAUUGCAUCAGAAUUUCAACUAUCAUAAUAGGGUCACCCAGCUGUUACAGUGUAAAAUCAUUAAAAUCAAAACCAUUUUCUAUACUGGCACAUCCCAGUUGUCCACCCACUAACUUAUUGAGAGUUUUGAAAUGGACAAGCGUGGUAUGUAAUGUAUUACAUCUUAACUGCCCAUGCACUUCUUUUUUUGAUUUUGUAUUUUAAUGAGUAGUUUAUAUCCCAUUACCUUGUCUCACCUGCAGGGGUCAUCAUAAUCUAUAGCAGAAGCAUCUUUGCAUUUUUGGAAAUAUGAUCAUUAAAUGUUUCCACCUCCUAGAAGUAGAGAUGUUUUUAAGUGACAGAAAAUAUGUAUAUUUAAACUAUAAUUUCAGAAAUGGGAAUUUUCAUGGGGACAUUUUAUGUAAAUCGUGAAAUCUGUGACAGUAUUACAGCCUUACUUAGAGCCAGUUAUUAAUCAUUUCCAGCAGAAAGUACACAGUUGGACCUUCUAGUCCAGCUUUUUGUUCCAGUCUUGCUCAAACAGAUCUAAUUAAAGAGUUACAUUUGAUUUUUGUUAAAUGAAAACCAGGAGCCACAGGGGGUCCCCAGGACCGAGUUUGAGAAGCCCUGGUCUAAUAGGACCUUGUUGAAUUAGCACUUGUGAAAUGGUAUAAGAGCCGAGUAAAUACAGUUUAGACAAAGCAUAAGUAAAAUAAGAGGAUACAUUUUAUAUUUUGGACUAAAAAUACCCAGCCAGAUCCAGCUCAUGAUAAAGAGUGGAAGUAAAAUGAAGCUUCAGAAAGUUUACACAAUAAAACAAUAGUAACCCUUCCUUUUAAAAUCAAUAAAGAGCAACAUGGUCAUGGAGAGAGUACAUGCAAACAUAACGAAACAGGAAUAAUGAUACUGAAACAAUAGGAAUAAUGAUAUUGAAACAGGAAUAAUGAUAUUGAAACAGGAAUAAUGAUAUUGAAACAACAGGAAUAAUGAUAUUGAAACAGGAAUAAUGAUAUUGAAACAGGAAUAACAAUAUUGAAACAACAGGAAUAAUGAUAUUGAAACAGGAAUAAUGAUACUGAAACAACAGGAAUGAUGAUAUUGAAAAGGAAUAAUGAUAUUGAAACAGGAAUAAUGAUAUUGAAACAGGAAUAAUGAUGAUAUCGAAACAGGAAUAACAAUAUUGAAACAACAGGAAUAAUGAUAUUGAAACAGGAAUAAUGAUAUUGAAACAGGAAUAAUGAUGAUAUUGAAACAGGAAUAGUGAUAUUGAAAUGGAAAGUGUUAGGCCUAUGUCUUAUUGUAUCCCCAACAUAUUGUAUUUCCUUUUGAACUUUGAUUCAGUAUGUGAAUUGAUAUUAAAAAGCUACUUUUCUGUUUGCCUCUGUGUUAAUGAUUAAAUAAAA